AUGGCAUAUCAGAGCCUUGCAUCACCCGAAAAUCAUGCCGAGCAGAUAGAGAUGGAUGAGCGGAGAUUCGCACAUCAACCCCGGAUUAUAAAGCAUGGCAAAGGUCAUGAGAAGAAUGUCAACUCAGUGUCAGCGUGGUCCUGGGAGAUCGCCAGUGUUGCUGGUAGCCUGCUCACCAAAACCGCCAUCGUCGUCCUGCUGGCUUAUUAUGGCGGGCGACCAUUGGCUGACUGGAAUUCAUCCAUGCCAUAUGACAUAUCCUUGAACGCUGUGAUUGCCGUCCUGACAACUGGAAACAAGGCGUUUAUGCUCUAUGCAGUGAGCAGUUGUAUAGGCCAGGCCAAAUGGUUUUGCUUCAAGAGUUCCCAGCGGCUACACAACAUGGAGAUAUUCGACGAAGCAAGCAGAGGCUCAUCUGGGUCAGUGUGGUUGAUUUUCAAGGUGGCUUGGAAUUUUGCUACCAUCGGAGCAAUCAUCACUGUACUAGCCUUAGGAAUCGAUCCUUUCACACAACAAGUUGUCCAGUUGAAUACACGGAACGUCACUGUUGACGACCCGGACUCGACGUUUGGCUUUGCCCACGAAUAUAACAGAAACUCAACGAUAAGUGCCAACAGCUACUUGGACUCUUUCCCUCAGGAUUUUCAGAUGCAGGGUGCUAUAUACAAGGCCCUAUACGGUUUAGACACGAGACAAAAGGUCAACUGCGCCGGUACUUGUGUCUGGGAUGGCCCAUAUUACUCUCUAGGGUUCUCCAGUAACUGCAGCAACGUUACUAUGCAAACAUUAGAAAGUCAAAAGUGCGGCAAGGAUGCCACAAACACGGCAGCCACUCUCUGCAACAUGACUACUCCAGGAGGAGUGCAAUUGAGCAAACAGGACGUUGAAACCGAUUCAGUAACUUCGUUCCAAGUCCACAGCGUGUCACACCUCGAGGACGUCAAAUUCGAAGACGUCGGUACCGCCCAGAUCAACUUCCUGACACUCGCCGUUUACAUGUCCUCGUUCAAUGGAAACUACGAAGCUCUGGGCGAGAACAUCACGGAAUGUACUCUCAGCCUCGCCGGGUUUGAAUAUUCGAAUAUCACGGCACAAGGUAGCAGCUUUUCGUUGGGAAAUCCCCGGCAGAUUGACCUUCAUCAGGGAUCAGCUCGUGUUGUAACGAAUGACUCUGAUGCUUUGGGCCUUACCGGGAGCGACAUUGUGUUUGAGACUUCUGGAGUCCCAGCUCUGACCAUCUCAUGGCAGGACUGGAUGGCGCUCUCGAAUUUCUUCACAUCAAGCUCUUUCCAGGCAAAUUACGUUUCCGGUAACGCUCGAACGCAGACAACCCCAGGCGCCGGCCAGGCUUUAGAUGGGGCAGACGUGCCCAAUACCUUCAAGGCCAUGACCUCAAGCAUGACGGAUUAUGUGCGCAACGGACCUAAUAUGCAGCUGGCACAGGGGCAGAGGGUGAAUCCCGUUAUAUAUGUGACAGUGCUCUGGGAGUGGCUCAUCCUACCCCUAUUCCUCGAGGUGGCUGCCCUUUUGUUUACUUUUACACUGAUUGUUCGGAGUUGUCUGGAGGCGCAUGUCCCCAUCUGGAAAUCAUCUGCACUUGCUCUGUUGGCUUAUCAGUAUGACGAGACUACUGGUGUUUUAUGCACUCAGAUAAAUCGCCCAGAGAGGCUGAAGCAGUUUGCCAAAGAGACCACAGCUCAUCUAGAGUAG